UUUGUCUACUAUUGACUUUGGCUUACUCUGUACUCAGUAUAUUUACUGUGGACGUAGCCUAAAGUGCUUUCCUUUUACUACAUACUAUUUGUAGAUUACAGGUUGUUGGUUUCUACCUACUACAUGUGUUUCCAUUUUCAUAAGAAUUCAUGAAAAUAAACUAUCAACAUGAGUUACUCAAAAUUUGAUUUAACGUUUAAAAUAGGACAGUAUCUUGAUCGGCAUCUCGUGUUUCCUUUACUAGAAUUCUUAGCAGCAAAGGAGACAUAUGACCAGUCAGAGCUCCUGCAGGCAAAGUUGGAGAUUUUGAGCAAAACUAACAUGAUAGAUUAUGUUACUGACAUCAGAAGAAUGCUCUAUCCUGAAGAAGACACUCCUGAAGAAAUUAUACAGCGGAGAGGUGUAGUUCUUUCGGAACUGCAGGAACUUCAAGAUGCAGUAGAGCCAGUAUUGAGACUCAUGCAAAGAGAUGAUGUAAUGAAAACAAUUGAAACCAUGAGGGAUCCUAAAACUCUUAUAAACCAUCUUUCGACAAACAAGGAGUAUGAGUUUAAAAUUGAAAUGAUCGAUAGCAUGUAUCGUUUGGCCAAAUAUCGCUAUGAAUGUGGAAAUUAUGUGGAGUCAGCAUCAUAUCUUUACUUUUGUCAACUGGUGAUGUCGCCAACUGACAAGAAUUAUUUGUCGGUUCUUUGGGGUAAAUUGGCUAGCGAAAUUUUGGUACAAAAUUGGGAUGGCGCGCUCGAUGAUCUAACCAAACUUCGAGAGUUCAUCGAUAACGGUGGAGCCGGUUCCACUGCCAGCAACAUGCAAGCCCUACAGCAACGGACCUGGCUGGUUCACUGGUCGCUAUUCGUGUUCUUCAAUCAUGUCAAAGGACGUGAUUUGAUCAUCGAAAUGUUCCUGUAUAAGCCUUUGUACUUGAACGCCAUCCAGACGAUGUGUCCCCACAUCCUCCGCUACUUGGCUACUGCAGUAAUCAUAAACAGGUCUCGCAGAAAUGCCUUGAAGGACCUUGUGAAAGUUAUUCAACAAGAAGCUUACACCUAUAGAGAUCCUAUCACAGAGUUCAUUGAACAUCUUUACGUUAAUUUUGACUUUGAAGCGGCCCGUCGAAAAUUGAAUCAAUGCCAAGCUGUACUUUUGACUGACUUUUUCUUAAUCGCCUGUUUGGAAGAGUUUGUCGAAAAUGCUCGACUGAUGAUCUUUGAAACUUUCUGCCGUAUUCAUCAAGUCAUUAGUAUUGGAAUGUUAGCCGAGAACUUAAACAUGCAGCCUGAUGAAGCGGAAUGCUGGAUCGUGAACUUAAUCCGUAAUGCGCGCCUGGACGCGAAGAUCGAUUCCAAGUUAGGUCACGUGGUGAUGGGUGCACAACCUCUUUCGCCAUAUCAACAAUUAGUUGAGAGAAUCGAUUCACUGGCAGUGAGAUCCGAAGCUCUGACUUCAUUAGUGGAAAGGAAACAUAAAGCACGCAAUCAAGAUGUGAGUAAAAAAAAUUAUGUUAUAAUUAAAAUAUUCCUGAUGUAUUGGAACCUUAUGCCCUAUGGUGGUAUUUAUCCGUGCAACCAUAAAAUACUCUCCCAUGCGGUGUCUAUUUUUACCGUGAAGCAGUCAUGCUCUUCAGCUUAAUUGGUGGGACAGCAGUAGUACUAUACAAUUCAGAUUCAAAUCUCUGUUUUAUGGUGGGUGGAGGUCUUCACAUGUUGAUACCUAUGGGUCGCCAGUAACCACUCAACGCUAGGUGAGCCGUGGCCUCAUUCUCAUAUUUGAAUAUGUUAAAAACACGAAUUAAAAUUAAAAAAAG